AAGGCUAUCCUAUAGGCUUGAACUUGAACUGGCAUGACAUCUAUCUCGUCUCGGCGUUUGCGCAAAGAGCUCAAUGAAAUACAGACAGAGGGAUGUCCAACGGGCAUCACACUACUUAGUGCGGACAACUUUGAGACGUGGUUCUUCUCUAUAGAGAUUCUGGGAGAAAGUUUAUACCAGGAGGAGGUAUUCAAGCUGAUGUUUCGCUUUGACCCGAGCUACCCGAUCUCGGCGCCUGCAGUCCAGUUUGUCGUUGACCAGGACUGGAAGGCACCUGUGCAUCCGCAUGUAUACUCUAAUGGACAUAUCUGCGCUUCUAUCCUUGGAACUGAAUGGUCACCAGUUCUAAGCGUCUCCGCUGUGUGUGUAACCCUGCAGAGUAUGCUCGCGUCAUGCAAGUCGAAGGAACGGCCUGUGGAUAAUGACAGGUACGUUCGAUACGCACCCGAUAAUCCAAAGAAGACACGGUUCCACUAUGACGAUGAUACGGUCUAGCUGUUGGAUAUAUCUUGAGCCUAGUAAAUGCAAAUGUUGUACUACUAAACCGAAGGGAUCACUGAGACAAUGCGAGGAGUCACGUUCCAGUUCUUUGGAUCGAAUCAUGGGAUUUUUUACUCUAACUAGACGGGCAUCAGAUUUGCAUCAGACUUCACCAACGACACUUUUAGACUCC